GGCUCUUUAUAUUCCAACCAUGCCCGGAGCGAGUCGCGACUCGUGAGAGAUGGAUACGAAUGAACGAGGUAGUGCUAAUAUGGAGAGGGCGAAGAUGUUCCUGGGGCUGACGCCGGACGAGUCAGAGGCUGUGUCGCGACUCGCUGUUCCAGAACGGCAGGCCGGCGAGGGAAAGAGCUUCUACGACGCUUUCGCUCUUGCGGGAAUGCGAGUCGUCCGAGUCGAACCCGGACUCGUCGUAUGUUCUUUCAAGGUCCCUCCCCGACUCACUGACAGAAGUGGAAACUUGGCAAAUGGUGCGAUUGCAAACCUUGUCGAUGUCGUUGGAAUUUCUUUAGAAUAUGGCGAGGGACUCCCUAUGAUUGUUACAAUCGACAUGUCUAUCUCGUAUCUUUCUACAGCGAAGAUUGAUGACGAGCUCGAGAUCACCUCAAAAAGAUUAGGAAACAGAGGAGGUUAUACUGGAACGGUGGUAGUUUUGAGAAACAAAACAACAGGGGAGAUUAUUGCUGAAGGUCGACUUUCGAUGUUCCGUGCACUUGGUUCUAGCAAACUGUGAGUGUUAAUCUCAUUAGGGUUCCUUUCCUUUGAAACAUAUUGUAUUUACCAUUCAUGUUUGGCCAUCUAAUGACUUGUAUUGAUUCCAAAUCUUCUAAUGCUAAAUACUCUGCAAGUUCCAUCUCAACCUCCCGCUCCUUGAAUUCUUGGACGGCGAUAGUCUUGUGGUGCGACAACAAUCAACUUUUCUUUGUGCACGCAAUACAUUUCGACUCAAAAAGAAAUGAAUAAGAGUAAGCUUGUACUUGCCUCAAAACAAUGUGCCAAAAGGGACAGAUGAAACAUUGCAAACUUGUGCCAGAAGCGCCAUUACGCGGUGGGAAAAGGCAGGUUGUUGUGUUCAAUGCAGUGGGGCUAGAACAUAAUUUGACACAACGUCCAGCUUAAUAUCAAGAUUUUCAAGCUUGGGGCAUCAAUAAAAAGAUUGUACACAUAAUGUCAAUUAUCAACAGGCAAACUUAUGCGCAA